UCCCAGAUAACCCCACCUUCGGGAGCUCUGUACUCGUGCAAUCACACAUGGAUUUGCCACCUCAGCCCAGGGUGCUUCCUGCUACAGAGGCAGGGCAGCCAAACAGCUGAGAAUGGGCCAGGCACGUGCAGGAAAGCUCCAGAACAUGGCUGUCCUUUCCUCUGCCAAAGCACUCUUCCACCCAUUGCUGAGCACAUGCUUGUAACUCCCAAUAAAUCCAAGGUGCUAGAAGAUAAAGCAGUGGCAUAAGGAAGGCAAGAAACCUGAAAAUUACCAUUCUGGUUGGACUAAUGACCCAAUUUAGGCUGGUUUCCUGCUUACUGUGACUUUUACCAAGUACUUCAGAAGACAAUCUGAAAACCUCCUGCUUCAGAAGUGCAUGCAAGGAAAGGGAGCAGCUGUGCUUACAGAAAACAAGCUGUCUGUGUGGAGUUGAGAACUAUUUCUGAAAUUUGUUUUGGGGGUGUUUUAGCUCCUUAGGCUGUGGCUUUUAGUCCUGUGGAUGCCUAGCCUCCAUGGGAAUGUUUCUCUCCAUCCUCCCUUGCGUCAGUGGGGUAAUUUUGGUCUGGCUCCUGUGUACGUCCUUUUAAAUGGCAUGCAGACUGUGGUGGUCCCCUGCCCUUCUGGUACAUCCCCGGAUUUCAGUCAUGCAGCAGGCAGCUUUCUUAGCGCCCGGUUCCUUGCUCCCGUGGCGUUUCCAUGCAAUGUCUGUGCUUUGCGCAGCCGUCUCCUCGAGCUCGGGCUGUGGCCUGAACGCCGUCCUCUGGGGCAGUCUCAGCCCAUCCUCAGACUCAUUGAGCUCAUUAGGGAGGAAAAUGUAAUCAGCGCUGUUCUUCAAGGACCGGGACGUGACAGGAAGCAGCGAGAGCCAGCAGGGCAGUGCCACGGCUGCCAGAGCAGCGCACGCAGCACAACAGCCCUGCAGUUCUGCUGCGUCACAUCGGGGCUCCAUGGGUGCAGCAUGCACACAAAAACUGGCCUGGCCCCGACCAGAGCGUGCCUCCAGCAGAUCCUGCGCCACCCCUGUGACCACCUGUACUGAGACAGCAAAAACAGAAUUUGUGUUGUGCCGGUGAGCAGCGGCGGGGAGAGCAGGAGAUUCCCAUGGCCUAGAGGAGGUGGGGACCCGGCCGGGUGUCCCUGAGCAGGAUCCGGACGCGCCCGAGCCGAGCAUGCCCGAGCCGGCGCCACUCAGCGCGGACAAGAGAGCAGCAGAGAAGAAGCGUGCGGAGAAGGUGGGAGCGAAAGGCAGCACCGCGGUGCCUGCAGUCCCCAAGAGCCUCCCUGUGAAGACGAAGGUGGAGCCCCACAGCCUGGACCCCGCGGAGGAGCCGCUCAUCUGGGAAGGGCUCACCCUCAACAAGUGCAUCCUGGUGGCCUCCAUCGUCGCCCUGCUCAGCGUCAGCUUCCAGGUGCUCCAAGCGCCGCCGUGCUCCAGGGACGGUGUCAGCAGCAGCAGGCAGGAGCCUCCAGCACCUCCCAUCCCCGAGGUCACCGUCACCAAGGAGGAGGCCCCAGAAGUGGAGGCUCCCCAGCCCGUCCAGCCUGAAAGCAGCAUGCUGGAGGACGACGACAGCGAUGACGACGGUGAUGAUGACGACAACAACGAUGCUGACAGCAACCUGGCCGAGCCCUGGAUCUUCAAGAAGUGGUUUGGCCGCUCGGAGCCGAAGGAUGAGGAGGAAGAGCCCGCAGAGGAACCUGAGGAGCCACCAGCUAAGGUGGAGGUGAGGAAGGGACGGGAAAAGCCCCGAGCCCCGGAGAAGAAGGAGGAGAAGGCCAAGGACAGCCGCACAGCCCCGGCAGAGAGGAGCGGCCGGCAGGAUCCGCGCCCCAAGGACCGGACCACUGAGGACAAGCCCAUCAGAGCCCCCAGGGCACCCAAGGAGCCGGAGCAGCAGCCGCACAAGAAGCGGGGCCGGGAGGGGAAGGAGAGCCGGCGGGAGCGGGACGAGCCCCGGAGGGACGGAGGCAAGAGCCGCCCCAGCAGGGCCGAGCGCCAGGAGGGCACCCGACGAGACUGGCGGCAGCCACGGGGCGAGCAGAGGGGCAAGAAGCCCUGGGAGCAGGUGGGGAAGGACGGCACGGACAGGCCCCGGGAGGGCAGGCGGCGCGACUGAGGCUGGGACAAGAGGGGCUCGGUGGCGCUGCCCCAGGGGGACCCGAUCCUGCCACCACCCCCUGGCAAGGGCUGCGGAUACACGGACUCUGUCUGUCUGCCAAGCCCCUGUGGUCACAGCCCUGCUGUGGCUGGAGAGGAGCCGGGGGGCUGGUGCGGUCAGAGCGUGGUUUGGGGACAUCGGGGUCCCACUGUGCCACCCGCCCAUGCCAUCUGGCCAAGCACGAGCCUUUGUGAGGACUUUGGGUCCCCUUGGAUGAGCUGCACAAAGGCAACCCAAAAAGGAGCAGGGAAACGAGCUCCCCUCCACCUGGGCUUCGUGCCCUCACUCCAUCCCCAGCAGACAGCGCUCCUGCAGCUCGCCUGUGCUCCGUGCUGCAACUGCGGCACCUGCAGCGUGGGCACAGGGCAGCCGGCACAGCGAUCCCAGCGAACAGAGGGUGUCUCCAGACCACUUAGCUCUUGAAUUCAGUUACUGGUUUUAUUGAAAGCAAAUCAAAGAGAGAAGUGUGUUCUGGGUUAAAGAAGCCAGGCUGCUGCCAGCCUUGGAGGGACAACAGGGAACGGACACCCGGCCCCGCUGCACGGAGGUGCGAAGCUUGCCCGGAGCGAAACCCCGCUGGCAGCGCCAUCGCCGGGGCUCCCCUUGAACCUGCCUUCCCAGAGUCGCUUUUAGGAACAAAGCACAAGUGCAAUAUCAUGCAGCGCUGUAGCAACUACAGGAGACGUUCACAGCCCCAAACCACAGUGGGUUUGAGUAUUUGCUAAACCAAUAGAGGUUAAAAUAAAC